UCAAUGAAUCAGCCCGACGACAUGAUGCUGUUCGAGGUCGACGAUUUCCUGGCCUUCGCUGAUCAAGUCGCAGAAGAACCAGAACCCCCUGCUCAGGAGCUUGACUGCGGCGGCAUCGAGAAUAAGAAGAUCAGGAAUGCAGGAAGUUCAUCAUCUUCCAUGAAGAACACUCUCGCAAAAGUCGGGUUCAUUACAAAGUCUGAGAUUGAGUUGCUAGAUGAUGGAUACAGGUGGAGGAAGUAUGGGAAGAAGAAGGUUAAAAGUAGUCCAAAUCCGAGGAACUACUAUCGGUGCUCAAGUAUCGGAUGCAAUGUGAAGAAGAGAGUCGAGCGACACCAAGAUGAUUCAAGCUUUGUGAUAACCACAUAUGAGGGUGUCCAUAACCAUCAUGCUCCGCAACCAGCGGCUGUGCAGCAUCAAGCUCGUCAUCUGCCAAACUCUGAUGGCUAA